AUGCAGACCCAGUUGCAGAUGCAAAUGCAACAGGCCAACAGUCGUUUUCAGCAACUACUGGCCUCGCAAGGUGAACGACGGAAGAAGGAUCCUCCCACGUAUGAAGGGAAAUUUGGCGAAGACCUGGAACUUUGGAUCUUUGCUACGGAGGAGUACUACGCUAACAAACGAGGAAUAAUGGAUGCCGAUACGUCCGAUUUUGUGACCAUGAUAUCAAGCAGUUUAGGCAAGUCUGUGCUGAACUGGUAUCGUGCCUUUUCGUCGGAUUGUGAU